CUGGGGACCCAUGGGCACGAGGGACCCACCGCCACAGGGCACCUGGUGCCGCACCCUUGCUUCCAGACCUGGGCCAGUGGCCUGACGCGUGAUAAAGCAAAAAUAAUCUGUUAAUGAGUAAGCCAGCAGACACUGCCCCCGGGCGCUCGGGAAAUAAGGUGCCCAGGGCCACUCUGAGGUCUGCCCCCUCCUGCUCACGCCUGUGUCCGGUGCUGGGACCUGAGCAGAGGCUGUCUGGACCUCAUCCCUCGUCCUCACCCUCACCCUCAUCCCUCAUCCUUGCAACAGCCCCUCGAGAUUGCUGUGGCCAUCACACCCACUUAACAGACGCUGGGUCAAGGAGUCAGCAGAGAACACUGAACUAGAAGAAGAACAAGCACGAAGACGUCAUGGCUUCGAUGUCUGCUCAUGAAAACCAAGAUCAAGGUCCCCAUUUCCCACCUCCAAGCAAGCGGCUCUGCCAUUUUCUCUUGUGAGCAUGCUCGUCACCCAGGGACUAGUCCACCAAGGUUACUUAGCAGCUAAUCCUAGAUUUGGAUCACUGCCUAAAGUUGCACUUGCUGGUAUCUUGGGAUUUGGCCUGGGAAAGGUGUCCUACAUAGGGGUGUGCCAGAGUAAAUUCCACUGCUUCGAAGAUCAACUCCGGGGAGCUGGGUUUGGCCCACAGCAUAACAGGCACUGCUUGCUCACCUGCGAGGACUGCAAAAUCAAGCGUGGAUUAAGUGAGAAGCCGGGUUCUCAGCCUUCAGCUUCCUAGACUCUGUGCCUGUGGCUUUUGAAGUUUUUUUAAACUUCUGAUUUGUACACAUUUAAACUUUUAAAUGUACUCUAAAAUAAAAUAACUCCCAGCGGAACAAAAACACGGUGAUUC